GUGUUGUUAUUUAUUUUUGGCUUCUAUGCGAUUAUUUUGUAAAUCUUAUUACCAGCUCGAACAAUUUGUUGAACUCACAAACUAAAAUCUAGCUAGGAUUGGAUAAAUUACCAAGAGCUUUUACUGGGUGUGUUGAAUUUCAAUGGCCUGAUCCUAAUCCUAAUGGGAAGUCGAAAGAAAGAAACCCAAUUUUGGAAUUGAAUUUGAAAACUCAUCGAGAAAUGGAGCAAUCUCGAGCGGAUUCUUCGACGAGCAUCGAACCUGGAAGUCAGAUUCGGGGGACAUCCCCAAAUUCGAUCACUUGUUCUGUCAUUGAAGAUUGCACCAAAACCCAAUCCGAGAUUUUCAAAGCCAUUGAAGUCGUUGAGAAGGACUCUCUCGCCAUUGCUGAGAGCUUCACCUCUCUCUUUGCUUCUCUGCGUUUGGUUCUCUCCGAGGUCACCAGCAACUCUAUUGAUCAUAUGCAUUGCUUCAACGAUGCUGCAGGCCGCCUUCAAGAAUCUGUGCUUGAUGCGGCAACAAAGGGCAAUCGAUACAUUAAUUCUUCCUUGAGAUUGAAUCAGGAAAUGAAAGGCAUGGACAAUCUAGCUGCUCAGCUAAAGGUUUUGAGGAAGAAUGUGGAUGAACUAGACUUGGCUGUGAACAAGCUCCUAAAUUUUCCAUGAGCUCCGCUCGGUCGUGGUUCUUGCAAGCUCAAGGAUUUUUGUUUUCACCAAAGAGAGAGAAUACAGUUCAUGAAGGAAAAAAAAAACAAAUUCAUUCCAUAGCUUCCUUCACAUUUUAAUCUAGGAAGCAUCUCAUUGCAUGUUAGGCACUUUGAUGUAUUUAUCUAUGAAUAGAUUUUCUAGAUCGCUUUAUAAUUAUACUGGAUUCAAUAAUAAUCAGUCUCUUUUCUUUA